AUGACGGAAAAAAAAUUAUCCGAAACAGAGAUAGUGAAUAAAGAAGAAAAGCUUGACUACUUCGGUGAGCCUAUAGAGAGAAAUAUAGGGUCAGACACCGAGAACUCUGCUGUUUCAUCUUCUUCGUCGAUCAAUGAAAAUUUAGAUCCAGAUGUGCUAGCUCUACCAAAAAUCAUCAGGGACGUUGUCCCAUUAGACGAUGAUCCGACUAUACCAGUUUUAACCUUUCGAUAUGUUUUACUUUCAAUUAUUUUUGUUGCACCUGGUGCUUUUAUUUCAACCCUUAAUUCAUUUCGUACCACAUCUGCUGCUUACAGUAUAUUUUUCGUCCAAAUUUGUAGUCAUUGGUUAGGUAAAUGGUUGGCUAAAAUCUUACCCAAAAAGACAAUAACUCCAUUUGGUAUUGAAAAAUUAAGUUUUAGUUUGAAUCCUGGUCCUUGGUCAAUCAAAGAAACAACUUUAGUUACAAUCACUGCUUCCAGUGGUGCUACUGGUUCGCUUGCUACAAAUGCCUUUGCCUUGGGUGAAUUAUAUUUCAAUACUACUGUUCACCCAGCAGCAGCAAUUUUUUUCAUGUAUUUUAUUGUUUUGGCUGGUUAUAGUUAUAGUAUAUUACUGAGAACCUUCCUUGUUUUUGAUUCCCUGUUUGUUUGGCCACAAUCUUUAAUGCAAACUGCAUUACUUCAAUCAUUUAAAAAUUCUGAUAAUGAUUCAAGAUUGGGUCGUAAACAAGUUAAAAUUUUUUUUUCAACUUUAAUUGGUAUUACAAUCUGGCAAUUUUUCCCGGAAUAUAUUUUCCCAAUGACUUCUUCUUUGGCGUUUUUAUGCUGGGUGGCAUCGAGUAAUCCAACUGCAAAUUUUAUUGGCUCGGGUAUUGGCGGUAUGGGAUUUCUUAAUUUAUCAUUAGAUUGGGCAAAUAUUACUUCUACUAUAUUUUUAUCUCCCUUUUGGGUUCAAGCAGUUAAAUUCAUUGCUUUUGUCUUUGGUGCUUGGAUUCUUAUACCGGCUGCGAAAUGGUCAAAUUUAUCUAAUUAUAAAUAUGCAUUAAUGUCAAACUCUUUAUACACAGAUGACGGUGAGCUUUAUCCAACUUCUUUGUUAAUAAAUUCAGAUUUUACCUUUAAUUCUACUGCUUAUGAAGAAUAUGGCCCUGUUCACAUGGGAGCCCAACGAGCUUGGAAUAUGUUUUUUGAUUAUGCUGCCUAUAUUUCUGGUAUAACUUGGGUUGUCCUUUUCGGUUAUAAAGGCUUAUAUGAAUCAUUGAAAAAAGUUAUUAAAAAUGUUAAAUAUCAACGAGAAAAUAAAGAUUCUAAUAUUCAUCACUUAUAUAACGAUAGAAUUAAUAAAUUGCAAGCUGCUUAUAAAGAGGUUCCCUUUUGGUGGUAUGUUAUACUUUUCGUUACUUCAUUUAUUACCUUAAUCAUCAUUUCAGCAACCAAUGCAAUUGCAUUACCAUGGUGGACGGUUAUCAUUGCAUUUCUUAUUGGUAUAGUAAUUGUGGUUCCCCUUUCAUGGCUUUAUGCUGUAUCCAAUUUUCAAUUACCAAUCGGGACAUUUAAUGAAUUACUUUUUUCAUAUAUGAUUAAAUCACAAGAGGAACGUAAUCCGAUGCUGGCCAAUUUAUAUGGUGCACUUGCGGGAGAUCUCUGGUAUAGAGCACAAUAUCAACUUCAAGAUAUGAGUAUUGGGAGUCGUAUGCAAUUACCACCAAGAUUAGUUUUCAUGUCCCAGAUGUUUGGUAUAUUAAUAUCAUGUCCAAUAAAUUAUGGAUGUAUGAGAUGGAUUUUAAAUACUAAAAGAGGAUAUUUAGAAGGUAAAGAAGCAGAUCCAACGGGGCAAUGGACUGGACAAACAAUUGUUAAUUAUCAUGCACAAGCAAUUCAGUAUAUUGUUUUAGGACCCGAAAAAUUAUUUGCAAACUAUCCAAUGUUACCAUAUGGUUUUUUGGCAGGAUUUAUUUGUCCAAUAAUCUUGGUUAUACUUCACAAGUUAUUUCCAAAGUCAAAGUUCAAAUUUCAUUUAUGGAAUACAACAGUUUUUUUCUCAACGCUAUCCACCUUCUAUGGUAAUUUAUCAACUGGGUAUUUAUCACAGUUCAUUGGUGGGUUUGUUGUGAUGUUUAUGAUCUAUAGGUACAAGCAUCACUUAUGGAAAACUUAUAAUUAUAUUAUUGCUGCAUCUUUCGAUACUGGGUAUAAUUUAGCAGUAUUAUUAAUUUUUCUUUUCUUUACUGUUUUCCCCGGCAAGGCCAUAAGCUUUCCUCAUUGGUGGGGGAAUAACGCCGAGAGCGUCGAGCGUUGUUUUGCUCUUGAUUCAUGA